AUGUCGUCGCAAUUUUUUGAUAUUGACUUGGCCCCCCCGGCCCCCCCCAUCAACGAGGACGACGAGGCUGACAGUGACUGGGUGGAAAUAGACCCGGGAUAUGAAGCUCCCAACACACCAUCUUCUACCGGGGAUGAAGCUCCCCCGCGCGAGUCUACAGAUGCCGAGAGCCAAGAGGAGGAAACUAUCCGUUCCCAGGGCGAGCUCGUCCCCCGUCCAAAGCCCGGUGGAUAUGAUAGUCGUGUGGAGCAAAUGCUCUACGAGAACCCGGAGCUACCCAUUUUAAUUACCGACGCCGGGAAGAGCACGGAGAGUGGUAGAUACAUCGUCUACACGAUCAAAACCGGGGAACUUAUAGUUCGCCGGCGCUAUUCAGAGUUUGCGACACUCCGGGAGGCACUCACACGGCUACAUCCUACCCUCAUCAUACCUCCGAUUCCCGAGAAGCAUACCGUGGCCGAGUACGCCGCCAACCCCACCAACGCGAAGCAGGACCAGCAAAUAAUCGAUCUCCGGAAGCGCAUGCUAGCGGUUUUCUUGAACAGGUGCCGGAGGAUGGAGCAGGUCCGGGCGGAUGGCGUCUGGUGGCGGUUUUUGGAUCCCAACUCAAGCUGGAACGAGGUCCUCCACUCGCAUCCCGUGGCAUCCAUCCCCAAAUCUAUAAUGAGGGCACCGCCCUUGGACCCGGCCAAUCCGACUCCGGGUCACGAAUUUCUCCCCAUCCCCGCCAGCUCUUCAAAGCUCAAGUCCGCGCCCGCCGCGCCGGCUCCGAACAGCACGGCCGGCGCUCAGGUCUUUUCCCGCUUCCCGCCGGAUAGCAGUAACCUUAGCGAGCAGGAGUUGGACCCGUAUUUUACCGCCUUCGAAACCUCUAUCAGAGAGCUCGAAUCGCUACUUAUGGGCCCCAUGGAAAAGGUCAACCGGCGGUCCCUGAACCACCUGUCGUCCUUGGCCUCGGAUCUCUCCGAGUUAGGGGCGAGAUAUAACGCGUUUUCUCUUUCCGAGCCCGUUCAAUCGCUCUCGACGGCGAUUGAGCGGAUAGGACAAGCCGCCGAUUCGUCGUACAUCGCCACCGAGGAACUCUCAAGCUCUCUCGGCGCGAGCUUUGCUGAACCCAUGCGUGAGAACGCGCAGUUUGCCGGUGUAAUUAGGAGCGUCUUGCGGUAUCGGGUUCUGAAGCGGGUGCAACAAGAUAUGACCGCAGACGAACUUAAUCGGAAGGGCCAGUUGCUUGACCAACUAGAGCGGAGCGAGGCGGAGGCGAGGAGAAUAGAGCAGUACUUGAGUGGCACACAGCAACUCCCGCCCCCCCCGAAGAAAUCGACGAGCACAAGGGAAACGCAGUCGCAUCGCCGCGAUGGCAGUAACGAGGACACCGCAUCGAUCGACUCAGAUUUUCCUCCCACGCACGGCGACAUCGCCUCAGCGCCCUCGGCCAAUAUCGGGACCCCAGAGAGGUCACCCGCAGCUCCUAGCCAUAAGAAGGCACCAAGCGCGACGUCGAUCACGAACAAGAUCUUUGGGCCCCUCCGUCACGCCGUUCAAGGGGUGGUUGACGCGGACCCCGAGAAAACACGGCGGGACACCAUCACCAAGACCCGCGAGUCGAUCGUACAGCUCGAGCAAGCAAAGGUCGCGUCGGCUCAGGACACGAACGCUGACAGCCGGUUACAGCUCGCCUAUGCGAAAAGCCAGAUCGAGUGGGCAAAGAAGAACAAGGAAACAUGGGAGGAAGCGAAGGCAGAAGUGGAGAAGAUUGAUGAGUCGAUGGGCUGA